UGAAGUCAUCAGAUCUCAAGCUGUAGAUAUUAUUUAACAUUAGCUUGUGCAAACAGGCUGGUUUCUGAACUAAUUCUCCAGGGCAUAUCUAGCUGUACAAAUCAUGUUGUUUGCCAUGAAAUUCACAGUUCUCUAUCUAGUAGCAUUGGUUCAUGCUGCAAAGCAGGACACUCCUGGAAAAAGUGAUGACUGUGUUUGCGGACACCCCGGAAUACCUGGCAACCCCGGACACAAUGGAAUGCCAGGGCGCGAUGGACGAGAUGGGGCUAAAGGUGACAAAGGAGAUCCAGGUGAUAAUAAAUCGUGUGGAGCAGAAGGGAGAGAUGGGCCAAAAGGAGACAAAGGAGAAUCUGGUGUUCCAGGGAUAGACGGGAUUAAAGGCCGACGUGGAGAUGCUGGGGAAAGAGGCCCACCUGGUAAAAUGGGGCCCCAAGGCUUUCCGGGACCACUUGGUCUUAAAGGUGCGAAGGGAGACACAGGAAUGCCGGGGCCACAGGGCAUCAAAGGGGAUGUGGGGCCUCCGGGGCCUAAAGGGCCACAAGGAAUCACUGGAAAUCAAGGAGAUAAAGGCUUGCCAGGACCAAUAGGGCCACCAGGUAGACCAGGACCUAAAGGCGAUCUAGGCCCUCCCGGUCACAAAGGCAGCAUUGGCUAUCGUGGUGAUAAAGGUAUAAAGGGUGAUGUUGGGGAGGCGGGGCCUAAAGGAGACAUGCCUGUAAUACCCCAAAGUGCCUUUUCAGUUGGCUUGACUACUCAAAGCAAACUACCAGCUGCUAACAUUCCAAUCCGCUUUGACAAAAUCAUCUACAACCGUCAGAAUCACUUUGACACAGAGAGCGGUCGCUUCACCUGUGCUUUCACUGGUACGUAUUACUUUACCUACCAUAUCACUGUCUUCUCCCGAAAUGUCAGAGUAGCUCUCGUGAAAAACGGCCAGAAUAUUGUUCACACUAUGGACCUUUACCAGAAUGGCGAGGACCAGGCCACAGGAGGCUCUGUACUCUAUCUGCAGGCUGGAGAUAAGGUGUGGCUUCAGGUGGUAGGAGGGCUGUCUUACAAUGGACUCUAUGCAGAUGAAGAUGAUGAUACAACUUUUUGUGGAUUCCUCCUCUUUGCUGAGCCACAAAACUCUUCAUAUUAAUAAGUACUUACAAUUGUUAAUUAAAAUAAUAAAACAGCAGAUAGAUGUGAAUCAGUUCACCAAUUCAAAAAAUACUGUGUGAUCCUAAUCUGAUGUAAGCAAUACUAGGUUGGGCUCUAAAUGGAGUUAAUGUCAUAUUCAUAAGUUUUGUCACAUUAUUUCCUGUAAAAUACAUUUGGGACAGUGAGCUUUACGCAACCAAAAAAAGUAGUGCUAUACCUUGAUUGUCUGACAUUAUUAGGGAAACAAUUAUUGUGUAAUACCAUUGCACAUUUGGAAAUGUCUUACCAUUUGUAUAAAAAAAUGUUGGCUAAUAAUAUUUGAGAGAUUAUAACAACCGUACUGUUUUAUGUAUAAUCAAUAAUAUAAUAAAAUAAUUGAAACAUG